GCGUUCGUGUCAGGCGACAGUCCACUUUACCACAACAUGCCACCAAAGAAGCGGAAAGGAAAAGCCAAAAAGGCCAAAAAGAGCAAACCUGAUCAAGGCAAUGAACUUGCUGAGAUGUAUCGGAGAAGUGUUUUGGACGUGGCUGUCUUGAAAGACCACCUUGCUCUGAAGACGGAAGCGGCACGGCAGGCAAUGUCAGUGAGAGAUGAUUUGAAGUGCCAGAUAAGAGACUUGAAGCAGGUGCUUUCUCAAGAGAAACUAGACACCAAGGAUAUCACUGCAGAUCUCAACCGUCAGUAUAAAUCCUUACAAAUGGACCUGGAAGCUAAAGUGAAACAGCUAGAAUCCAGUGUGUCAGUGCUUCAGAAACAGCUUGAUCAGUGUCAAGGUGAUUUAAAGACAGAAAGAGAGCGGCGAGAGCAAAUGGAGGAGGAAAAAGAGGCCCAGAUCGCUGACCUGCAAAGCAAGCUGGACAGUAUGGAGACGGAAUAUGAGAAAAUCCUACAUGGCUGUUUGGACAGUUUGCUCUCACAUUUAGCUGAGGCUCGGAGGCAGUGGGAGGAUGAGAGCUUGGUUAUUCAUCAAGAGUUCAAGGACAUGCUCACUGAGCUUGGGUUAAACCCACUAUACAUAUGAGGCAGACAAUGUUGGAAAAAUGUCAGAAUUGAAAAUAACACUACACUGUUAGAAAUAAAGUUUCUGUGCAGGUACAUUUUUCAUUCAUCAGGGUACAAACAAUGUAAAUGUUCCCUCAAAGGUACAA